AUGGCGACCCCCCCGCCGCCGCCACCGCACACGUCGACGCCGAUGGCGACGACGCCGCGCGCGUGGACGACCACCGCGAGCGCCCGCGCGCGCGCGCGAUCGACCGCCGAUCUCGCUCGCGCGCGCGCGCGUCCACGACCGACGCGCGAGACGGUGGUGCGCGCGCGAGACGGGAAUGAUGAUGACGACGACGACACCGAUGGGGGCGUCGACGCGCCCUCGCGAAAGGUCUACGUCGAGACCUACGGGUGCCAGAUGAACGUGAACGACACCGAGGUCAUGCUCGAGGUGUUACGCGCGCGUGGGUACGACGAGACCACGGAGGCGACGUCGGCGGAUGUGAUUUUGAUCAACACGUGCGCGAUUCGGGACAAGGCGGAGGCGAAGAUUUGGCAGCGCUUGGCGUAUUUUCGAUCGAUCGGUUCGAUGAAGAAACGUCGCGCGCGACCGGUCGUCGGGGUGUUGGGGUGCAUGGCGGAGCGGGUGAAGGAAAAGUUGCUCGAGGCGGAUCGAUUGGCGGACAUCGUGGCGGGGCCGGAUGCGUAUCGGGACUUGCCGAAUCUCAUCGACGCCGUGCGCGGGACGGGGGCGAAGGCGAUGAACGUGCAGUUGUCGGUGGAGGAGACGUACGCGGAUAUUAUUCCGGUGCGAGAGGUUGGUACGCAUUCGGCGUUCGUGACGAUUAUGCGUGGGUGCGAUAACGCGUGCGCGUUUUGCAUCGUGCCGUACACGCGCGGACGCGAACGGUCGAGAGAUUUGGCGAGCAUCAUGUACGAGAUUCGUUCGUUGAGCGAACGAGGGAUCAAGGAGGUGACGUUGUUGGGGCAAAACGUCAACUCGUACGCGGGAGACGUCACGAGCGCGACGACGAGGGAUUUCUUGAGUCAGCUCGUGGGGGAAGACGUGGACGCGGUGGAACUCGUCGCCAACGCGUCGAGCGCCGGUUUGGCCGGCGCGCAGGGCUCAGCCUUCGUCGGCUACGCCGAUGGGUUCAAGUCUCGGUACGAUCCCGAGCGUAAGCGCGAGGGCACGAUUCAGUUUGCCGAAUUGCUCGACAAGGUGGCGAGCGUCGAUCCGGAGAUGCGCAUUCGAUUCACGUCGCCGCAUCCGAAAGAUUUCCCGGAUGACGUCCUCAGAGUGAUUCGCGAUCGGCCGAACGUGUCGAAGUGCUUACACAUGCCCGCACAGAGCGGUUCGACCGCGACGCUCGAGCGAAUGGCGCGGGGGUACACCAGAGAGGCGUACAUCGAGCUCAUCGAUCGCGUCAGGAUGAUCAUUCCCGGAUGCGCGGUGACGACGGAUAUCAUCUCCGGCUUUUGCGGUGAGACCGAGGCGGAUCACGAAGACACGGUGAGCUUGAUGACGAGAAUCGGGUACGAGCAAGCCUUCAUGUUCGCCUACUCCGAGCGCGAGGGCACUGGCGCGCACAGGCAUCAAAAGGAUGACGUUCCCGAGGAUGUCAAGCAGCGGCGAUUGCAAGAGGUCAUCGACGCCUUCCGCGCCAAGGCGGGCGAAAAGCAGCGCAUGGAGAUCGGCUCCACGCACUGCGUCUUAGUCGAGGGUCCGAGUAAGAAGAACCCGGAGGAGCUCACGGGUAAGACGGACACGUCGAAGUGGGUGAUUUUUGACGACGCGCCGACGGGGUCGUACGCGGGCGACGCGCGCUCGGCGACGACGGGGUCGCAUCGCGUGUCUCCGGGCGAUUACGUCGCCGUGCGAGUCACCGGAUGCAGCACUGGUACUUUAUUCGGUGAAUUACUGGGAAAGACCACGCUUACGGAGUUUCAAAGACUCCACGGCGCGCAGUGGACGACGCCCGCCGAGGCCGUCGCCGCCGCGCGUUAA